UCUUUCAUUUCUACAGAUUCUAAGGUGCAGGUCUCUCAUCUAAUAUGAAGAUUACCGUUUACUUCACUCUUACAACUCUGGUGUCAUUUAUUCACGCCCAAAAAUGGUCUGUGGAUCUUGGACUGGGAGCUGGAAAUAAAGGACCGGAUCUGAAACUGACCCUCGGACGAAAAUUUGGAAACUGGAAUGUCAAAGUAUUUGGCUCUACAGACUUUUCCGGGGGUUGGAAAGUCGGGGCAGGCAUAGGAUUUAGGUUCAGAAGGUCAAGUGUUGAAAUUCCUCGAAGAUAUGACCUCGUUAUUCUUGCCAACCCUUGUCGCUUCCAUGUUUAUGACAGUAAUGAUGAUGACGUCAUCACGUUGAAAGAAAUGACUGGUAUUUUUGAAAACCCGGAACUCGGCACUCAAUUAUUCAAAGAUCUAGAUGUCAAUAAAGACGGUCGAGUUUCAAAAUAUGAAUUUUCUCAACGAGUUCCAUUCGUAGUUAAUGAGUGUUCGUAUAACCAAAGAAUCGCCAGAAAAUCAUAGCCUCGUUAAGAAUAGGGAAAUGAAUGGACAAAUCAUGUGAAUUUUCAGAAUACUGACGUCACUUACAGCAUAGUCGCAAUUUUGUUAUUUUAUGUUCACUUCGUAAAAUAAAAUUUGUAUCGAAUA